AUGAGCAACAUCACCCGUGACGACCAGGGACGCCUCCACGACGGCAAGAAGCAAGACUUCAUGUCCCAGCAAGACCAGGUCCAGCAGGGUCUCCAGGGCCUCAACCAGACGGCCCCCGGGGGCAUGCAGGCCCGCGAGCAACAGCAGCGCGGUGGCCAGAACCUUCAGCGCGACAUCCGGAUGACCGGCCAACAGGACAAGCUCGGCGGCCAGGACAAGAAAGAAUGCCAGGGCUCCGACUCGUGCGGACCCCGCGAGGGCAAAUGCGACAAGGGCCAGUGCCAC